AUGAGAUAUUUUAAGCAAAGUUUUGUUAAGGCAAACAAUUGGCGCAAGUCUACUGGCGCCGGCUUGCUAGAUGACGAAGAAGUCACAUCUAUAAAAGAUAAGAUCACUACUAACAGAAGCGAGGUUAACACACAAAAAAAAACUACACCAGGGAGGAUUCGUUUCGAAAACAAUUUAAGACGUAAUAAACAAACAUCCGCCAUUCAGGAACUAAACGAUAUUGAACGCAAACGAGAGGAGUUCCAAAAUCGGAAGCUUCAACUUGAAGUAGAAAAAUUCGAGUUUCACAAAGAAUUGGAACUAAAAAAAUUGCGCAUGAAGGAGGAUAAGAUGAACAUGAGAUUCAGGCUAAAAGAGGAGAAGUUAAAGCAAAAAGAGAAAUUGGCGAUAUAUGAACUGGAUUUAAAAUAUGGCAAAGCGAACGAUAGCUAA